AUGCUAGCUGUCCCCAAACCCACCACGCUCACAUUCAAGACCGUCCUCGGUGUCGACUAUCAGCUCGACGUCUGGCUUCCGGAGCAGGACUCGCUAGCAAAGACACCGUGGGAGGCGGCACCGGUGCUCUGCUACUAUCACGGAGGCGGACUUUGUGCUGGAAACCGCGACUGGAAUGCCUGGGUACCCGACUGGCUCUUCUACGGCGCCCUCGAAGCUGGCGUCGCCGUCAUCUCCAUCGACUACACCCUUUUAGGACCGCACAACGGUACACACGUCGUUGACGACGUCCGAGACGCCAUGCGCUUCAUUCACGACGAGCUGAACACGAAGCUGGCGGAACUCUCGAAGCGGCGGAUCGACCCGAAACGGAUAGCAGUUUGCGGAUCGUCCGCAGGCGGAUACGUUUCGUACAUUGCGGGUAUUCACUCGCCGGUUCCCUUGAAGGCCAUCAUCUCGUUCUACGGCGGCGGUGGCGAGUUCUUGGUGGACUGGUAUUUGAAGGAGAAGAAGGAACCGUUCUUCCACGAUCAGCCUCUCAUCAAGGAUCCCACGCCUUACCGAGCGAUCCUCGACGCGCCAAUAGACUCAACCCCUCCGACCGUCCGAACACCCAUUGACGACCCAAACCAGCUUCGCAACACCCUCUUCUACUACCUCCUACAAACCGGAUCUUUCCUGGACGCGCUUUCGGGCAUGCAGGGCGUUGCGGCAGAACUCGCCAAGCUUCCGGCAGAACAGCGUGCGCAAGCUGUUCCCGACCAUGUCAAGCGCGUCGUCCCGCAUCUCGCCGUCUCCCCCUCUUUCCCGCCCACCUACCUCUUACACGGCACAUUCGACUCGGUCGUCUUCCCCGCCGAGUCGCGCAAUAUGUACCGCGUCCUGCGGGAAGCCGGUGUUGAGGCGAAGUUGGCGGAAGUCGAGGGAGGCGAACAUGGCUUCGACACGCAGGAUGGCUGGGCGAGUGGGCCUGGGGGCCAGGACGAGGAGUUGACGAAGAAGCGGAACGAGACGCUGGGGACGGUCUUGCCGUGGUUGUUGGAGCGCAUCUAG